AUGGCCAAAAACAAGAAACUCUCCGAAAAUUGCUCCAGCGACCUUUUGAGAAGUGACAACGAUCGGUAUGAUAGCUUGGAGGGCGAGAACUGCACUUCAGAACACGCAGACUCUUCGAAGCCUGAGGUCCCAUCUCGUACGACGACCCCGACAAAGCAUCAUCACGCACUUCCCCCAGCUGCAAAGCCUGAGAGCAGACCGAGUCCAACAUUUCGGUCUGAGUCCAUUGAAAGGAGCCAGUCGUCGGAGCUAAAGCAACCCAGUUGGAAUUAUCAGGCUGAAGCACUAAUCCCACGUGGGCUGAACACAGGACAGCAGAAGGGAAAGAAUCGACCGACUAGGCGACAGAGAUCGAUGUCCAGAAAGCGCAAGGAACGCCGUCGGCAGACCAGUGAUGGUACAAACCUCACCACACCAUGCGAAUUCUGCAUGGGGUCGAAAGCCUCCUAG